UGAAGACUCAAUUCACUGAUUCGGCAUGCCUUCCUCCAGACAGACUAUCAUACCAACAAGACAUGAUGCGACUUUGUGUCAUUCACUUAUCGCCUUCGUUAUCUUUAUCCUAGCCAAAGGAGACUCUGGGAAGACUGCUAACUUCAUGAAAGAACCAACAUAGAUACCCAGAACACGCCAACCAGCUACCCUAUAUUGCCUCGACUCACAAUCAACAUGUUGGAAGGCCAGUCGAGAAUCGUAAUAAGCGGUGCCGGGCAAGGCAUUGGAAGAGCUAUGGCUCGUCAUUUCGCGUCUCGCGGCCACAAGGUCUUCAUCCUUGACAUCAACGAAGAUAACAUCCAACAUACAGCAGAGGAGCACUUGAAAGAACACUCGGACCGUGUCGGUUGGUCCAAGUGUGAUCUCCGCAGCAUCGAAGACAUUCGCUCUACUGUCCAGAAAGCCGCCCAGUUCCUCGACAACCGCAUCGACUUUUUGAUCAACAACGCCGGCAUUUCACAUCCUUACUGGCCCGACGGGAAGACCAUGGCUGACGAGUCAGUUCUGGACAAGUGGCAGGCGUAUGUCGAGACCAACCUCACAGGCCCAUUCGUCAUGUCUCAAGCUUGUAUUCCUUUCAUGAAAGUCGAACGGCAAGAGGACAAGAAAAAGCUUCCCGACUCCAAGGUCGGCAGGGCAGGACCGUGUAUCAUCCAUGUCAGUAGUUUUCGUGCCAUGAUCUCGGACCCCAACCAGGAGGGCUAUGCGUCGACGAAAGCUGGAUUGCUGGGACUUACUCAGAGUAUGGCGGUCUCCCUCCAGACAUUCGGUAUCCGCGUCAACAUGGUAUCCCCGGGGCGAAUCAAGGUAGCCCAUGAGAAUCCUGAAGCCGAGGAACAAGGCGAGGACUGGUCUGUGGAAGAAGACGAUGUUAACGUGCAUCCUACGAACCGUGCCGGGUUGCCCGAGGAUAUUUCUGAGGCGUGUGAGUACCUGCUGGGCGCGGGUUUUGUCACGGGUCAAAAUUUGAUUGUCGACGGCGGUGUGAGUAAGGUAAAAGGCAAGGCGUAG